AUUACAUCCUUGAUUAAUAAAUAAUAAGUUUUAUUUUAUUUAUUUAUUUUUUUCUGGAAGUUUGACACGUCACUUCACUUCCCCGCGAGAUGAAGCCCUAACUUCCCACCCCCUGUUUUAGUGUUUUUCACUUCCAUUUUUUUUUUUCUUUGACACAGAGAACAAGACGGCGCGAAGCAAAUGUCGCGUCGUGAAAUUCGGGAAUCCGACUCCAAUCGCCAUCGUUCCAGAUUCGAUGGAGAAUCCAGUCCCAAGAGGUCAAGGAGGGACAGGAAAACAUUAGAGGAGAAGUUAUCUAGAAACUCUAGUUCUCAUGUUGAAGAUAAUAAAGAUCGGGAUCAGAAACAUGGGCUUCAACAUGAGGGGCAAGAUAUGAUACCCCAUGAGUGUUCAUCAGCACUUGAUUCUAAGCCAGAAUAUGGGGUUAGCAAAGGAGCAAACAGGAACAGUGAUAGGAGGGAUAGAAGGACUAAACAUUCAAUGAAUCCCACUGAAGUACCACGAUCAAGAUCUUAUUUUCAGCAUGUCAAACGUGGUAAUGAUGGGCAAGUUGGUCAAAGCUUUGGUCGGAGUGCAACUAGGGAGCGUGGUUGGUGGAAGGACUCAAGGGAGAAGGAGAAGGAUAACGAUAGGGCAUCUGGGAAGGGAACAGCUUAUAAUUCACAGCAAAGAAAUGAGAUGCCACAAGCCGUGAGAGACGAUAGCCACCGUGAUGAGUCUUCAAAACUGGAGGAUGAUGCACCCACUUCUGCUCGGAAAAGGCCUGCAUUUAGCGAGAAGAAGAUUACAGUAGGCAAUGAAAGUGGUGAGAAAGCAGCUAUGGUAUCAGAGAUUCAGAAAUCGAGUGAUCCACACCAGCCUCGGGAUGGAAGGGAACGAAGAGAAGAAAGAGGCCGUGACACCCGUUAUUCCGAGAACUUAACAAGCACUUCGCUGGAGACAUGGCUACCAAAAGGGAUGAGAUGAAGAGAGGUGGUGGUGGGAACUACAGGGGAAGAGACAGGUUUAGUGAGAGGAAAGAAUAUCGAGCUGGUUGUAGUACCCGUGUGGAGAAACGGAAGCACGACCUAUUUCACGAGGCUAAUCGGAGUCCAACCCCGAAGAAUGAAGAGGACCAAAUUUCCAAGGUUGAAGCUCUUCUUGCUUCUUAGGAUGGAGGAAUUAGCCAAUGAUGCUAUCUGAUUUUGUCGAGUCUUUAGUGAACAUAUGCAUUGACAACAUUAUUCAGGCCUAGUGAAGCAUUCGAAGUGA